ACCCGCGAUAAAUGUUGUAGCAAGAAGUUCGCGUCGCGUCUCCGAUGUCCGAGUCUCCGCGUUGACCCUUCCCGCAGCCGAACCAUCCGAACCGCCGCCGCCGCCGAUGUCCGCGGUUCCUCCGCCGCGUCUCUCGGGCCCCUCCUUCGCCGUGGGGGGCCCGGGGCGACCCGCCGCGGGUCGACCUCUGUCCGCCAACGUCCGCAAGCUGCACGGGGCUCUGGGCUCGCUGCUCAGCGAUUCGGAGCGCAUGGCGCUGCUCGGGCGACUGCGCGAGUAUCAGGCGCGGCGAAACGUUCGCGACCUCGUCACCGCCCUCCGUGACCUUCGCCUCGACUGCCCGCCCAGGCGCCACUUGCUGCCCCUGCUCCGGCAGGUGCUACCCGCGGCCGACCAGCUGCUCUUCGACACCUACACGUCGCGGGGUUCCUGCCUGGGGCAGCAGCAAGGAGCUGCUGCUGCUGCUCGUGACGGUGGAGGUGGUGGUGGUGGUGCCACAGCCACCCUGCCCAUCAGAGUGUCGUACAACCUCCCCAGCUCCACACACGCCUCCUUCAGCUCCAUCAGCUGCGCUUCUUGCGGGAGAUCAACAGAGGCGGAUAUCAGACCUCAUCAACUCACCCAGACGAAAAACGGACCUCACCAACCCACCCAGACGACAAACGGACCUCACCAACCCACUCAGGCCGUGCCUCCCCAGGCCUCCGUGCGUCGCGUGCUACUGGAGAGGGGGUCCCGGGGUGCCCCGGCGCCGCUGGGGCUGAGCGUGCGGGGUGGCGCCGAGCACGGACUGCCCGUGGCGGUGGGCCACGUGGUGCCCGGCUCGCUCGCCUGGCGGUGCGGCCUGCGACCCGGCGACCUCAUCCUGAGGGCCAACGGCGUCGUCCUGCAUGACGGUGUGACGCACCAGGACGCCGUGCGGGUGCUGUGCUCGGGCCGCAGGCUGGACCUCACCGUGCUGUCCGUCCCCCCGGCUGCCGAGCCCACCACCGCGGGCGCUGCCGCCCCACCACCACCACCACUCCACCACCGACACCGCACGUGGGGGGACGAGCGGUGGGGCCACGCGGCCGAGGCGGGGGGAGGGGGCGGCCCCCCUCUCGAUCGCCCGGGCGGGGGAGUAGACGCGGCGGAAGCGGCGGCGUCGGUGCCCGGCGCGGAGGAGCGCGGCGGCCUCCAGCUGCUGAGCAACGGCGACGAGAGGAAGGUGAGCGUGUUCCCGGCCUCCGGCCGCGCCCCGCUGGGGCUCGUGGUUCGAGGCGGCUGCGACUUCGGCCUCGGCAUCUUCGUGUCCGGCCUCGACCCGGGCGGUGCUGCCGAGAGCGCGGGCCUCCAGGUCGGCGACCAGAUCGUGGAGGUGAACGGGCGGAGCCUCCGCUCGGCGAGCCACGCGGAAGCGGUGGCGGCGCUGGGCGCCAGCGCGCACCUCAUGCUCACCGUGCGCGACGUGGGCCGGCUCCCCAGGGCUCCCGCGGUGCCACCGCACCGCUCCGCUCCGCCGCCGCGCCGGCGAACGGCGGCGGACGACGACGCGGAGCCGGCUCCGGUGAUGCUGUGCCGUGGAGUGUGGGGCACCGGCGUGACCCCCAGCGCGCUGUGCGAGCAGCCGCGGCGCGCCCUGGGGGAGCGAGCGGCACUCGUCCUGGGGGGCCCCGCGGGCCGCGGUGGGGGGGCCCGGCUGGAGGGGCUGGUGGACGAGUACCGGGCGGGGGGGCUCACCGUGCCCGCGCUGCUCGCCCGGCUGGACGCGCUGCUGCACACGCCGCAGCAGCGCUCGCUGCUGCAGGACGUGCGUGCGCUGGUGAGCGCGCGCGACCUGGACGAGUUCGACUCCCUGCUGCCCCGCAUCGGGGCAGCGCCGUGCGGGGCAGCCCGGGGGUGGGGGCCACUUGUGGGGGGGCUCCGAUGGGGGGAGGGCGCCGCCGGGAGCCACGGGGAGGGGGCUCGUGACCCCUGGGCCAGGCUGCAGGCUGGGGCGGCCCCCUCUCUCAUGGAGGAAGAGGCGGAGGAGGUGGGAGACCUCGUCCCGGAGACGAACCUGGACUGGGACCCGAGGACACGGGACGACGUGGACACGCCUGUGCUUUCAGAGCGGCCUCAAUACCUCCACCCACUGCCCCCAUCCCCAUCAUCACCACGUCACCAGCAGCACCAGCAGCAGCACCAGCAGGAGCAGCACCACCACCAGCACCAUCAGCAUCAGCAGGAAGAUUUUUAUUCUAUGGACCCUGCUCCUCCCAGCAUGCCUUGCUGCACCUGUGUCGCCACCCCUCCUCCUCCACCGCCCCUGUCAGCCCCAGGGGCUUCUGGGAGUCGGCCGCCAUCCAGGGCUCAGUCUCAAGAGCGGCGGCGCUCAUCCCACAACAACGACGGUGACGUCAACAACAACGUCAACAAGAACGGCCACCACGGCGAGCAUCGAGAGGAGACGAGGCCCCCGAGGAGGGAGGGUCCAACACCGGAGCCCAAUCUCUUGGGCGACGAGGAGAGGGAGGGGCCCGAGGCGGAGGGCCCCCGGGCCCCAGGCGUUGCCGGACUGCGCAAGAUCCUGGAGGCCUCCCUGUCCCGGCAUGGCGGGGCCGGCUGGGCCGGAGGGGGGGGAGGGGCCGGAGAAGGGGCCGAGCUGCUGGCCCACGCCGGCCGGCGCCCGCCCGUGCCCUUCCCGGCGGACGUGGCGUCCGUCGCGUUGUCAUCGUCGCCGUCUUCGGUCGCCUCGUCGCUGGCAAAGAGGGGCUCGGUCCCGGGGGGCUCCGUGUCCUCCUCGGGGGCCUCCUCGGUCAUCCCCCUCGCCAUGGCGGUGGCCGCGGCGUCGUCGUCGCCGUCGUCGGCGCGGCCAUCCGACCCGGGCUACUCGAGCGCAUCACGCGGCCGCGGGUCGCCCCUCCGCCGCCGCUCCUCUUCCUCAUCACCCUCCUCGUCGUCCUCCUCCUCAUCGUCGCCGCCGGCAUCGCCGUCGUCCCGGCGCUCGGGGAAGGCGCCCAACGGAGGGGCGGCUCGCCCGCGGACGCUUGUCCUGCCCAGGGCCACCUCACCCACCGUGCCGCCGCACGGCACCGGCUCCCUGCCGCCCGCGGGCCCGGGGGAGCCGGGGAGCCGGAGCCCGGCGGGGUCCACUGGGCUCAAAGGUUCCACAACGCCCGGCGUGGCGGUGGCGAGGAGGGAGGAGCGGAGGAACGUGCGCUUCGUGACGGUGGAGGUUCACCGCCCCAACGCGGAGCCGGACGUCAACGAAGCGACGGCACUGCCACGCAGCCGAGACCCGCUACCGCUCUCCGCUGAGCCUGCUCGGACCCUGGUGGGGGCAGCGGGGUCCGAGGCCACGCGGAACGGGGCCCAAGGGGCCCACGAGAGUGGCGGGGACAGCGGUGGGCCCACAAGGCCGCCUGGCAUGAGGGACGGGACAACGCGCCGCGUCCGCGUGCCCAAGUGCGCCCCCACGCUGGGCAUCGCCAUCGAGGGCGGCGCCCACACCCGCCAGCCGCUGCCUCGCAUCGUCACCGUGCAGGAGGGCGGAUCAGCGCACGCGAGCGGACUGCUGCGCGUGGGCCAGCUGCUGCUGGAGGUGGACGGCACGAGCCUGCGUGGGCUACAGCACCACGACGCCGCGCGCGCCAUCGCCCUGGCGUUCCGCGAGCCCAGCACGUCGCACAUCAGCUUCCUCAUCGCCGACUACUCCAUCGCUCCCUGA